CGCUACGGUAAUAUCACUUUUUCCGUCUUAAAUUAACUUCAGUCUUUUUUCGACACUGCAAGAAGAAGAUCAAUAAGAAAAGUUUGCUCUAGAGGUUCAACUUCCAACCAAACUCAGACCAACACGUUGCAACGAAGGAAGAAAGUUGAAAAGGGCAAGAUAAAUUGAAAAAAAAAUAUCCAAAAAUUCUUCCACUAACAUGAUUUAUCUAUGGAAUGUAGAGAUGCUUGAAUUAAUUUAAUUUCGGAUGUAAAAUACCGGAGAGUGAAGGAAAGGAAAUAAGAAAGAGAGAGGUAUUUUACUCCCUCCUUCUUACAGUUAACCAUUCGACACACGACUUCUGGCCGAGUUUCUAGCACCGAGGCUUGUUUCGCGAGUUCAGUUUGUUGGGUUCCAAUCGUCGAACCAGGAAAUCACCAGCUCCAUGGUUACUUUACUGGACUCUGCCAACCACGGGGACGUUUUUUGAAGGCAUCGUGUCAAAGAAAGAGAAAGGAACAAAAGCUUAAGAAGAAAUCAAACUCACUGACGAAAGGAAAAUUCUGCAAGAAUUAUUGACUACACAAGAGCAACGACUUUACGGAUCAUGAUUUUACUACGAAUUUAUGUAGUUGUACUUGCUGCUCUGGUACUGGUUUGCGAUUCUGUUGCCCCACCACAAAUUCAGUUAUUUGAUAUAUCAGAAUAUGUUUAUGGAGUGGAUGAUGAUCUCCAAGCCAAGUGUCGUGCCGCGAUAGAAGCAGAGCAUCAUGCCUAUCGAACGAAUUCCUGGAAGCAAGCUAAAUGGAAUGGAAGCACCUGUGAAGACACGUGGGAGAAUCCAUGUCCUCCAAGUGAAUUCCGAACACCUUCGGGAACUUGUAAUAACAUCAGACAUCCAUCAUGGGGUGCUAGAGGAUCGCCCUUCAUCAAAAUGCUUCCACCAGCAUAUUCAGACGGUAUUUCCACGCCUAGAUCAUCAGUGGGCCGUCGUGCGCUUCCAUCACCGAUGGAUAUCAUCGCAAGACUCCAUAAAAUGACAGCAAAAGAAGAGCGAAAGGAAUUGACGAGUUUGGCAGGUUUAUGGGCUGAACUAGUUCUCCGCGAUAUCGCUACGCCAAUUACACCUAGUCUUGAUGUAAUGCAAUGCUGUCAGAACAGCCAAAACCCUGAAUGUUAUUCCACUCAUGAUUAUAUGGACAAUUGUACACCUUACUUAAGAGCCGUUCCAACUCGCAGCUCUUACAAUUGUAAAUUUGAAUACAGAGAACAAAUGAAUGCAGCUUCCAGCUACCUGGAUGGAUCUGAUAUUUAUGGCAUAAGUGAUGAUCAAAUGAAUCGCAUAAGAACUUAUAAAUCUGGCCAAGUGAAUAUAGCAUUUUGCGAAAUAUGUAAUCAGAGCGAUAAUGCACUUCAGUACUUAUAUUCAUUAAUUUUAAAGGAACAUAACAGGAUAGCAAGAAAUCUAGAGCAUUUAAACUCUCAUUGGGAUGAUGCUAAAUUGUUUUUAGAAGCGAGGCGUGCAGUGAUUGCGCAAAUACAACGGAUUACUAUUCAUGAAUUUGCAUCGAGUAUCUUAGGGGAAUCGGCGAUUGGUGAAGAGUUAAAAGAAUCAACCAAUGGUUUUUAUCGAGACUAUUCGUCUGCUAAUAGACCUGGCACUUUUGAUGCUGUUGCUCUUGCGGUACUCCCAGCUCUUACAUCACUAUCGAGACAAGCUUCUAGUACUCCAUUGGAAAAUAAGCUCAAUAAUGUAGCGCGAGGACUUAAUCUUGAUAUUAUGGAAUCCCGCCGUUCAUUACGUUUCGCUCACAAUGACAUGUUACAUGCAUGGAACAUCAGUGCAUUGUUGAUUCAUAUCGCGAGGGAUCACGGAAUUCCCGGAUACAUUAAUUAUUUGGAUUACUGUAAUCCUACUGGAGGAUCUUCGACGCGUUUUAUGUCUCAAGAAGACGCUUUAUUACUUGAAAAUAUUUAUGGAAAUAUUCAUAAUGUUGAUUUAUUGAUCGGAGGUAUUCUUGAAACUCCUAAUCGAGGUGCAGCCGUUGGUCCAACAUUUUCCUGCUUACUAGCACGUCAACUGUACAAAUUAAAAAAUUCUGACCGUUUUUGGUAUGAAAAUGAUUUACCACCCUCGAGUUUUACGAGUGAGCAACUUGUUGCAAUUAAAAAAGUAAGUUUAAGUGGUUUACUUUGUGCAAAUAUGAAAAUGUCAAGAAUUCAGCCUAUGGCUUUCAUACAAAGCGAUGAAUAUUUAAAUGCAAAAAUUGAUUGCGACAGUUAUAAUCCACUUGAUCUAACCGCUUGGAGGGAUAAUAAACAAGAUAACUUGCAAAAUAAACCUAGAAAAAUGAACCAUAAAGCGGAUGAUAUUCUCAAAGGAGCAUCGAAGCAUACUUAUAAUCAAAGAUUUUCGUCAAACUCUUUAAUAACUCCUGAAAUGAUUAAAGCUGCUUUGAAAAAAGCUGAACGUGAUUUAGUUGAACGCAAACGAUUGGAAUAUAAUUCAUGGCUUCAACAGAGAAUAGCUGACCCUAAAUCCCCCGCAGGCACAGCCGCAAGCUUUUCAAAGGCCAAUCGAGAUGCUUUAAUUUUAGCCAAUACUUCGAUACUCUUUGAAUUAGCAACUAAUGAAAUAAUCAAUGGUGUUCAUGGAUUAAAACGCCGUAAGAGACAAGCAUUUGGUAAUUCAGAUGACUUCUUUGAAUUCCCUUCAUCUACUGAUCUCUCAGAUUUACUUCAAAAUGUCGAUCUAAGUAAUAUCACACCGAAUUUUAAGGCAACUAAUCAUGAAGAAAUUGAUUGUCCGCCUGAGGAAGGCAUCUGCGAUCCAACAAGUCCUUAUCGUACUUUCACAGGCCACUGUAAUAAUUUACGUAAUCCAAGUCUUGGAAAAUCACUGACGACUUUUGCACGGCUUUUACCACCUGUCUAUGAAGAUGGAGUUUCUAAGCCACGAAUAACUUCUGUUACUGGUGGACUUCUUCCCAAUCCUCGAUCUAUUUCUACGAUCAUGCAUCCAGAUAUCUCCAAUCUUCAUAAUAGAUACACACUUAUGGUGAUGCAGUUUGCCCAAUUCUUAGAUCACGAUAUUACAAUGACACCAAUUCACAAAGGAUUCGCAGAAUCGAUACCAAGUUGUAGAUCAUGUGAUUCACCGCAAACUGUUCAUCCGGAGUGCAAUCCUUUCCCAAUACCAGUCGGUGAUCACUUUUUUCCAACUAUCAAUGAAACAACUGGUGAAAGAAUGUGCUUCCCAUCUAUGCGAUCUCUACCCGGGCAACAGACUUUAGGUCCACGUGAGCAAGUUAAUCAAAACACUGGUUUCCUUGAUGCUUCAGUGGUUUAUGGUGAAAAUAUAUGCAUAGCAAAUGUUCUUAGAAGCUUCAAUGGUCGUAUGAAUAUCACAGUUCAUCCGAAUAGAGCCAAAGAUCUUUUACCACAGUCUGCUACCCACUCAGAAUGUAAAUCACCAUCGGGAUAUUGCUUUAUCGGUGGAGACGGACGUGCUUCUGAACAACCUGCUCUUACAGUGAUGCAUACAAUGUGGGUACGAGAACAUAAUCGAAUUAUGGAAGGUUUAAGACGAGUUAAUCCUCACUGGGAUGGUGAGAAACUUUAUCAGGAAACUAGAAGAAUUCUUAGCGCAAUGAUGCAGCAUAUCACUUAUAAUGAAUUCUUACCAAGAAUCCUUGGUUGGAAUGCGGUUACUCUCUACGGUCUUAAACUUCUUCCACAAGGAUAUUAUAAAGAAUAUUCUCCAACUUGUAACCCAAGUAUUCUCACCGAAUUCGCAACUGCAGCUUUUAGAAUUGGUCAUUCUCUUUUGCGUCCUCAUAUUCCACGGAUGGAUAAAAAUUAUCGACCUAUCGACCCACCAAUUCUUUUACGUGAUGGAUUUUUCAAUGUUGAUAUGUUAUACAGACAAGACAUGAUUGACGAAAUUAUCCGAGGACUUGUUUCAACUCCUAUGGAAACUUUAGAUCAAUUUAUCACGGGUGAAGUAACUAAUCAUCUUUUUGAAAACCGCAAGAUACCAUUCUCUGGUGUAGAUCUUAUUGCUUUGAAUGUUCAGCGAGCUCGUGAUCAUGGAAUACCGUCUUACAAUAGUUACAGAGCACUUUGUAAUUUGAAACGAGCUACAACCUUUGAAGAUCUCUCAAGAGAAAUAGCACCGGAAGCAAUAGCACGACUCAAACGAAUUUAUGCUUCUGUUGAUGAUAUUGAUCUUUUCCCUGGUGGCAUGAAUGAAAGGCCUCUCCAAGGUGGUUUAGUUGGUCCGACCUUUGGCUGCAUCAUUGCCAUACAAUUUAGACAAUUACGAAAAUGCGAUAGAUUUUGGUAUGAAACCGACGAUCCUAAUAUUCGCUUUACUGAAGCUCAGCUCAAUGAAAUUAGAAAAAAUACUCUUUCUAAAGUAGUCUGUGAAAACAUGGAUUCACAUGUUGAAAUGCAAAGAGCUGCAUUUGACUUGCCGUCAAAUUUCUUAAACCCAAGAGUGCCAUGCAAUUCUAUGGCUGCUAUGGACUUCACUCCGUGGCGAGAAGUAAGGCAUGGGUGUCAAAUUGGUGGUAGAAACGUUGCUGUUGGUGAAUCUGGAUUCCCUACUCCAUGUACAAGCUGUAUUUGUACUAAUGAAGGGACUCAGUGUGCUUCGCUUCGAAUCACUGACUGUGACCAGUUAUUACGUGAAGCUUCCCGUGAAGCCAUUCUACGUGAUGAAAUUUGUACUGCUCAAUGUGGUUUUGCUCUCGCCACGUCAAACCAGUCUUCAAGACAAUUUUCAACAUCCCAUGCAACUGCAUUUGCAUCUUCCUUCUCUACAGGACCAAGUAAUCCUUUCAGCAACUUCAAACUUCCUGAUCUCUCUCAAUUUCUUGGUUAAUUUUCAGCACAACAAUACCAGCAUGUAAAUAUAAUUCGUGCUUUUCAUUUCAUUGUUCAGGUUCAUUACUGUACUAUUACAUAGUAAUGUUUUUACAACAGCUCAUGAAUGUGUAAAAAAUGACUUAUCUAACUUACUCUAUACUUAUUAAGAAAGUGCUGUAGUGUUCACUUUAUUUCAUCUGCCGAGUUCUGAAUGUGCUAUUUUUCUUAAUUUUUUUGUGUUAAACUGUGUAGUUGAUACUAUUGUGAAAAAGUUUUAUUUUUAUUUCUCUAUCUCUUUUUUUGUUUAUUUUAUGUAUUAUAUCUGAUAAAUGUUUUCUAUUGUUGUUUAUAUGUUAUUUUCUUUUUACUGAUACUUUUUAUACUUAUUAUUUAUUUUUAAUGAAAUAAUUUGUCAUUAAUCUAACGAUUGGAAUUAAAAAACCUUUUUAAUAAUCCAAUGCAAUUUAAU